AUUCAGAGAUUGAAAAACCUCGUUCAGCCAUGAGCCAAAUGAACUUCGUCCAUCUUUUCCUGGUUUUUGUUCUCAUCAACCCUCAGAGGGUGACUGCUUACGGCUUCCGAAAUUGCAUCCAAGCCAUGAAGAAUCCUUUAUAUUUCAAAUGCAUGCAGCGUUUCCUGAACAAUAUCUCCAGUAUUGUGGAUGACCUCCCUAAUAAUGCCCAAGUGAUCAAUGCAUCCCAUAACGCCAUUAAAGUCUUGCCUUAUGGGAGCUUCCGUCACCUCCCUCAACUGGAGAUCCUACAGUUGAGCUACAACAAAAUGGAGAAAAUAGAAGGGGGCGCCUUUGAGAACCUAAGGGCCUUGAGGAAACUCAACCUCUCCUGUAACUAUCUCACAAAUCUUUCCAAUGGCACUUUCCUUGGCUUGGCGAACCUCACCCUCCUCCUCCUGCACAACAAUCACUUGAACGUGAUUCAUCAGAAGGCCUUUAGUCCGUUACGAAGCCUUCUGGAUUUGCAGCUCCAGUUCAACAUCUUGAGCAGCUUUAAUGUUGUGAUUCAGAGCGUACAGAAAUUGAACGGGCUGAAGUAUCUCAACCUUUGCAACAAUAACCUGAGUUUCCUUCAGCCGGGAGUGGGAUUUCCACCUUCUUUGUAUAACCUUAAACUCUGCAACAAUUCUCUUCGUAAGAUGGAGGGUCCGGGCCCGAGAUUCCUGGGGAACGUCACAGUGCUGGACCUCUCUUAUAACAAGUUCUCAGACGUCUCAUCUUUUGCAAAUGUUAGUCUUCAAAGACUCCAAAGAUUAAAGUUGAUGGGGAACAAGAUUGAUGUUCUCCAGCUCUUGGAUACGUCUAACCUGAAGCCUCGCAGCCUGGAUUACUCUGGAUUGCAAUUAAAUAACGUUUCGCAACUGACCAAGGUGUGCCAGCGUCUUGGGAAAUCCAGCCGUCCCUUCAGCCUCCACCUGCAGAGCAAUAACCUGAAGUACGUAAGUGGCCAAGCUUUCCUCGCUUGCCCUCCCAUCCAGCUUCUGGAUCUUUCGAGGAAUCGCCUCAGAUCGGUGGGCUGCGUGAGGGAAAUGUUGAACGCCACGGCGCAGAGCCGUUUGAAUAAGUUGGUGGUGGAGCACAAUUUGCUGAAACACCUGCGGGUUUGCUUUAACACGGCUCCCUUCGAAGAGCUGACGGCCAUUUCUUUCCGUUUCAAUCGCAUCCUCUCGAUCAGCAGCUCAGCUUUCCACUACGCCCCUAAUUUGACCACCCUCCAUUUGAACAUCAACUCCAUCGCCUUCCUGCACCCAAAAGCCCUGAAAGGCUUGAGGCAACUCCGAGAGCUGCGCUUGGACAACAACCUUCUGACGGACAUCUACAACGACAGCUUCAGUGACCUGAGCAACCUCCAAACGCUCAACCUCAGGAACAACCACGUUUCUGUCCUCUUCCCUGGCACCUUCAAGAGUCUCGGGGAGCUGUCUAUUUUAGACCUGGGGGGAAACAAUAUUCACAGGCUGGCCAACAUGUCCUUCGAAGGGCUGAGGAGUCUUUCCAAACUCUACCUGGACAACAACAACAUCCAGUACAUUAUCCCCAGUUUUUUCCAUCCGAUCGAGAGGACUCUCCAAGUGCUGGACCUGAUGGGGAAUAAGAUAUACUUCAUCAGCAAGCAUGAGCUCAAGCAACCCCCCUUUUUGAACCUGGGCAGAGUCUACGACCUCAAACUUCAAUCCCAGCAGCCCCAUGGCUUGAAAGUCAUCCCCUCCAAGUUCCUCAAGGGCCUGACCUCUUUGCGCAAUCUCUACCUGUCGGAGAACAAAAUUCUGUCCAUCGCCCCGGAUGUCUUCGAUGACUUAAGGCAGCUGGAAUAUCUAACCUUGGCCGAUACCAGCAACGGCAUGGGGGAUUUCCCCCCCGGGAUAUUCAAGAACCUUAAGAAUCUGACAACUCUCGAUCUGGAGAACGCCGGGCUUCGCACCUUGACCCUCGAGGUAUUUGGCAACCUCAGCAACCUGCGCUCCCUUCUGUUAGGGAAGAACGAGCUACAUACGUUCAACAGCAGCGUGGCGAACGCUCUCCCGUCGCUCAACUACCUUGACCUACGCAAGUGCCCGUUGGCGUGUACCUGUGACAAUAUGUGGUUCCAGAAUUGGCUGAUCAAUAGUUUGGUGCAAGUGGUGUACCUCUAUAACUAUUCUUGCAAUUCUGGACAGCACUCCAGUUACGUUUAUAGCUUUGAUACCCAUGUCUGCUUCCAAGAUAUUGGGCUGUACCUCUUCUCCGCAACCCUCCCGUUUUUGCUGCUCUGGAUGCUGUUGCCUUUCCUUUAUGAUCGCAGCUACUGGCACAUAAAAUAUCACAUCUACAUCUUGCGUGCUUGGGUCAACGAUCACUGGAGGCGCGGCAAAGAUGAGCAUUACAAGUUCGACGCCUUCGUCUCCUACAACUCGGCGGACGAGAGCUGGGUGCUAGAACAGUUGGUGCCCAGUCUAGAGAAAGCGGGAGCUCCCACCUUCCGGCUUUGCCUUCAUCACCGAGACUUUCAGCCCGGGAGAUACGUCAUAGACAAUAUAGUAGACAGCAUCCACAAUAGCCGACACACUAUUUGUAUCAUCAGUAGGAGGUAUCUGCAGAGCGAAUGGUGCUCCAUGGAGAUUCAGCUUGCCAGCUACCGGCUUUUCGACGAAUUAAAAGACGUCCUUAUUCCUGUUAUCCUAGAAGCCAUCCCCGAGAGGGAGCUGUCUGUCUAUCAUCGGAUGCGGAAAGUGAUGCUGAAGAAGACGUACAUUGCAUGGUCCCCGGAUCCCGAGGCCCAGAGGUUGUUCUGGGCUAAGUUGAGGACGGCUCUGAAGACCAGUAACUCUGAGGACAAAGAGGAGAAAUUGACUGACUGGUUUGAUCAAGGAGACACGCCAGAUACGAGCUUGCUGCAAGCCUGA